CAAAAUAUAGAUUGAAGAUUCAAUUUAAAAAUAGUGCACUGCCGAUUUAUGGAUGGUACUGGAACCCGGCCCGACUGGCAGCAUUGAGUCCAGCUCCAGAAUUCCUUUAGUACUACUCAUUUUCUUUGGAGUAACGUUCAUAGUAACGCAGCUACAUUUUUGGGGCAGUGUAUCCAUUAUGGACAACAGAAUUAUUGAAACAUGCGUACAAGAGGGAAAGUUAAUUGGCGUCAUAGAAAAAGGUAUUUAUGAUGAUUACUAUGUCGCCUUUCGAGGAAUACCAUAUGCGAAACCACCGAUUGGAGAACUUAGAUUCAAAGAUCCAGUACCAUUAGAAUCAUGGUCUGGUAAAAGAGACGCGUCAAAACAUGGAAACAUCCCCGUUCAAAUAAAUCAUAUUACACGUGAAAUUGAGGGCAAUGAAGAUUGCCUUUAUUUAAACGUGUACACCACAAACAUCAAACCUCUCAAGAAACGUGCGGUAAUGGUGUGGAUACAUGGUGGUGGUUUUUAUGAGGGUUCUGGUGAUGCACUUAUAUACGGUCCCGAUUAUAUCGUGCAGAAAGAUGUAGUUUUGGUUACCUUGAAUUACAGAUUAGGCGUUCUAGGUUUUCUGAAUCUCUACGAUAAAGUGGCGACCGGUAAUCAAGGUCUGAAGGAUGUGAUCAUGGCGUUACAAUGGGUGCAAAAAAAUAUAUCAGAGUUCGGAGGAGAUCCAAAUAAUGUCACUAUUUUUGGCGAAAGCGCUGGUGGAGCUAUCGUACAUUAUUUAACUUUAUCUCCGUUAGCUAAUGGUCUAUUUCAUAAAGCGAUAUCGCAAAGUGGUGUUGCAACAUGUCCUUGGGCUUUUACUGAGAAAAAAUCACAUUUGAUGAAAAGUUUUCAACUCGCCAAACAACUCGGAAAAACUACCACAGAUCCAAAAGUCGCAUAUGAAUUUCUGAAAACAGUUGAUGCCGAAAAGCUAGUAGAAACUGAACGAAAGUCUCUCUUGACGGAAACUGAGAAACUACAAUAUCGUUUAAUAUUUACACCCACUUUGGAUUACGAAUCAUCGAAUCCAUUUUUCCCGGAAGAUCUAAAGACGUUUAUGUGUCGUAGUGUUAAAGUACCAUUACUUUUGGGUUUUAAUAGUUGCGAAGGAAGUUUCCUUGUAUGCAGUAAUUUGAAUGGGCGUAUAAGCAAAGAACAACUUAAGAAAAUUGAUUCUGAUUUCAAAAACUUCAUAUUACCCCAAACUUUAUCUACAUUACCAAUCACAGUUGAGGAAUUGCGCUCUUUAUAUUUUGGUGACAAAGCAAUUUCAGAGGAAACUCUAAUAAAUUACGUUGACUUUCUUAGCGAUGAGUUCUUCAAUCAUGAUAUAAUGAAAGCAGUGGAUAUUCAGACAAAGUUGAAUAAUAAUGAUAAAAAAGCGACGUAUCUCUAUCAAUUUUCAUUCUUGAGUGACUUUUCUCCCUUGAGAAAAAUAUUUGAUAUUCAAUUUCCAGGAGGUGUGACCGGUGUGACUCAUGGUGAGGAACUGGCAUAUUUAUUUUAUCCUAAUAUAUUAAAACAUUUCGGCAUGUCAUCACCUGCAAUUGAUUCGGAAGACUACAAAAUGAUGAAUUGCUUAACACAAAUGUGGACAGAUUUUGCUAAAACAGGAAAUCCAACACCUGUUACAAAUAUGUGGUUACCCGUGAGCGAUUCACAAAAUGGAAAAUACAGAAAUUACCUAAAUAUCGAGACAGUCCCGCAAAUGAAAACCUUCUAUAAAGGAGAAGAAAGAUGGGAUUGGGAAGAGAAUAAAAGUAAAUUAUAGCGCUAAAACUUUAUCUAUA